AGAGUAUAAGAUGUAAAAUGACGCCUGCUCUCUUUUCAUUCCCAUUCCUUCAUUAUAUUAUAACUCUCUCCCUCUCCUCUCUCCUCUCUCCAUCUCUUCCUCAAUCCAACACACCUCCUCAACUCCGUUCCGUUCAUUUACCCUUUCUCCGUUUUCUUUCUUUUUUUUUCUUCUUUUCCCUCGAUUCCACCCUCUGAGUUCAUCAAAUCGGUAAUAAUUUUUUGUUCCUUUUUGUGGAAUUGUAAUUUGAAUCUCUGUUUUGUCUCAAAACCUGAAUCUAGAUUCCUUUCUUCUUUUGUUGCAGACGCUUCUGUUAUCAUUCACCGAAUCAUACGGUGUAGAGAGAGAGAGAGAGAGAGAGAGAGAGAGAGAGAAUAUUAGAGGAUUUUGAUCCGGUGAGAUGGCGUCCAUGGUAACGAAUCCAGUGACGAACGCAAAUUCUGAUCGCACCAAAAGGAAAAAGAAGAAAUCAAUGAUCAUGGAAGACAAUCAGCAGAGUCACGCCAGAUGGAAAUCGGAGGCGCAGCAGCAAAUCUAUUCCUCCAAGCUUCUUCAGGCUUUGAGCCAGGUCAGUCUCAACACUCCUUCCUCUUCGGCUCCGCGCGGUGGCCGAGCCGUCCGUGAAGCUGCUGAUAGAGCUUUGGCCGUUGCUGCUAAAGGGAGGACCAGGUGGAGCCGGGCCAUUUUGACAAGCCGGCUUAAACUGAAAUUCAGAAAGCAGAAGAGGCAGAGGGGAGUCGCCGUGGCUGCCGUCACCGGGAGUAGCCGCUGGAAGAAACCGAGAUUUAGCGUUUCCAAACUGAAAUCGAAAAGCUUACCGGCUGUUCAAAGAAAAGUCAAGGUUCUUGGACGGUUGGUUCCCGGUUGCAGGAAGCAACCGUUGCCUAUUAUUCUUGAAGAAGCGACUGAUUACAUAGCUGCACUUGAAAUGCAGGUUCGAGCCAUGACCACUCUCGCCGAGCUGCUAUCUGGCUCCGGUGCCGCCAGCUCUGGCUCAGCUCUUCCGCCCCAGUCGCCGCCGCCUAGGGCGAAGAUGGGGUGACAGAAUUUUAACCAUUAUCAAAUGACAAGUCAAAUAUGAGUAAUUUAUAAAUAUGUAGGUAAUGAGAGGCGAGGGGUGACUAGUUGGCCUUGAACUUUGAAGGGGAAUGCACAGAGACAGGUCCCUGAGGCUGAGAGUGGUGGGAUAGGGAGGGUCACACUCAGAGAGGCAGUGUGAUUAAUUGGCUGUCACCUUUUGCCUAAUUGUAUGAAUGAAAAUCCAACAAGGCACGCACACGAGUGCCCUGGCUGGCCUGCCUUCCAUUCAUCACUAUCAAUAGGGAUGGGGGUUUUGGAGUUUCUUUGGCAGAGAGAGAUGGUAGAUUUGCAGAUGCAACUGAACAGUAGCAACACUAUGAUGAUUGGAAGGGUCGAAUGAAUCCAAUGAACCACUCUCUUUUUAUUCUUAAUCUUAUUUGCAUAUAUAUAUAUAUAUUGUUAAAUCAUGUAAGUUGUGGAUUUUAUUUUUAUAUUUUAAUUUACUCGUUAAAUA